UGCGCGCAUGCGCACCUUGCCCAUUCCCACCACUACCUCCUCCCCCUGACCUCCCAAAACCAGGUCGCGGCCCCAUUGGAGGAGCCGCCCCCGGGACUGAGGGGAGCGGAGCCCCGCGGCUGCCAUGAGUGAUGCGGCGCAGCCCCCGCGGCCCGGGAUCGGUGUGGGGGUGGUGGUGACCAGCCCCUCGCACCCCAACUGCGUCCUCCUGGGCAAGAGGAAAGGCCCGGUAGGGGCCGGCACCUACCAGCUCCCCGGAGGCCACCUGGAGUUCGGGGAGAGCCUGGCCGAGUGCGCCGCGCGGGAGACGCUGGAGGAGGCGGCGCUGCGGCUGCGCAACGUGCGCUUCGCCUCCGCCGUUAACUCCGUGUGCGCCACCGCGCGCUACCACUACGUCACCGUCCUCAUGAAGGGCGAGGCGGAGCCAGGGGCGGAGCCGCGCAACCGCGAGCCCGACAAGAACGAGGGUUGGGAAUGGGUGAAGUGGAACGAGUUUCCUCCAGUGGAUCAGCUGUUCUGGGCCCUGCGCUGUUUGAGAGAGCAAGGUUACGAUCCUUUCACAGAAGAGCUCGAUCACCUAAAGGGGUACACGGGAAGUCACCAGCUGGACUAAAAACUAAGUGUACAUUAUGUAACAAACCAAAGGACAGACCUGCCUUUUUGGUGUUAAAAAGAACGUAUCAGGCUCACUCUUCUCAUGUGAAAGUUAUUACCCUUACUAAAGCCAAAAAGAUGCCAAAUGUUUCAGUGCUUUUGCCAUAUUUCAUGAGAGAGUUGUCUCCCAUUCCAGAGCUAUUUCUAUCUCUAUUAGUUAACAACUGAUGUUUUAUUUUAUAGAAAACUCAGAGUGUUUUGUCUGGUUAAUUUUUAUAUAGAUGAAUAGCCCUUAGAAAGUCAGAAUUAGUCAGUGAAGGUUACUCACUUGGAAACAGUUGUAGCAUCAGGCCCAGGGGAAACAGAUUUGUUUAAACCCCAGUCCUGCUUUCAAUGUAAAAUUACUUUGUAUAUCAGGCUGCUUUCCUGUAAUUAUAAAUCUUGGGCCAAUUUUUAAACUUAUCCUUGUCUCGUAGCCUCAGUUAAGAUACUGUUGUGAACAAAAGUCACAUUUUCUGGACAAUACGUGGUUCUGCAGACAGUAGUGCAUACUUGAAAAUAAUUUUUUAUAAACAUGGAAAUGUUUUGGUGGCUUGUCGCAGGUGUCAAGAUGGUGUCAUUCUGUAUGGCUACUGGGAAUUGAUAGAAUUGUUAAUUAUCAGUAAUGACUAAGUCAUUUAAUUGGUACUGAAUGAAACAACAGUACACAAAGAUAUACAUAUAUAUAUAUAUAUAUAUAUAUAAAGUAUAUAUAAAAAUCA